CUGCCGCUUCGCCCGCCGCCCGCUGCACCUGGCUGCGAGGGACCUCGUCCGGACGGAGGACGGCGACAGCGCCGCGGAGUUGGAAACGGCGCACGCCGUCCCGGGCACGGUCUCUCUGCGGAACGUGGGGGCGCUUUGGAGGCUCCUUCCCUGAGUUGCCCCCGCCCGCCUCCAGCCCGGCCCGGGAAAGUGGGACGGCUCCCGGCUCUAGGGACAGAAGCAGACGGUGCCAGCCGAGGAGGGUUCGAAAAUGCCCCGCGCGUUUCUCGUGAAGAAGCCGUGCGUCUCCACGUGCAAGAGGAACUGGAGCGAGCUCCCAGACGAGGAGCGCGGCGAGAUCUACGUGCCAGUCAGCCUGGGCUUCUGCCCACCACAGCCCUACCAGGAGCCAGAGCCAUCGGUGGCUGAACCCCCUUCUUGCCCCCUGGCUUUGGACAUGAGCCUUCGGGACUCCAGCUACAGUGUGGUCCCUGGGCCCUGCGUGGUGGCCCAGCUUCCCUCUGAAGACAUGGGCCGCUUGGCAGACCCCCAGAGCAGAGACCAUGGCUUCCUGCGCACCAAAAUGAAGGUGACCCUGGGGGACAGUCCCAGUGGAGACCUCUUCACCUGCCACAUCUGCCAGAAGGCAUUCACCUACCAGCGAAUGCUGAAUCGCCACAUGAAGUGUCACAAUGAUGUCAAGAGGCACCUCUGCACCUACUGUGGGAAGGGCUUCAAUGACACCUUCGACCUGAAGAGACACGUCCGCACCCACACGGGCGUGCGGCCCUACAAAUGCAGCCUGUGUGACAAGGCCUUCACGCAGCGCUGCUCUCUGGAGUCUCAUCUCAAGAAGAUCCACGGCGUGCAGCAGAAGUACGCAUACAAGGAGCGGCGGGCCAAGCUAUACGUGUGCGAGGAGUGUGGCUGCACGUCUGAGAGCCAGGAGGGCCACGUCCUGCACCUGAAGGAGCACCACCCCGACAGCCCGCUGCUGCGCAAGACCUCUAAGAAGGUGGCCGUGGCCCUGCAGAACACCGUCACCUCCCUGCUACAGAGCAACCACCACCUCUGAGUGGCCCCACCCGGCCUGUGCAGGCCCCGAGCCGGCUGGGGGUCACCUGCCGGCUGCCUGGCCAGUCCACCCUCCUCUGCCUCCUGCCGGCACACUGGUGAUCAGGACUGGAGUCCCCGGGUGCAUGUGCUUGCUCCGGCCCUGCCCUGACCUCUGCUCACAUUGGCGUUUUUGUCCUAUGAGCAGAGGCCGCUUAGAGCCUGGGCAGGCGUGUGCGAGGGUGUGGCGGAGGGGAGCCCAGGCUGCCUUCCAUUUGAAGCAGCAUACCGACGAGACAGGACAUCUUACCAGAGGAGGUAUGUGAGGGUGACCCUGUUGCCUGCCGCCUCUGGAGCGCAGGGCUGGAGGCUGCAGGUCCCCGUGGCUGUGGCCGGCAGAGUCAGGAGUACUGCAGAGAGCACCCUGCAAACAACAGCGGUGGGGGAGCUGGUGGCUGCCUGCCUGGCAGUGUUUCUAAUGCCCAGGGCUGCGGGGGGCUCUGCCUUUCAGACAGGGAGAUGCACAGCUGUAGACGUGUGCACACACACACACACACACACAGGAGGCCUUUCCACGUAUCAUCUCAUUCUUAAGAAAUCACUACAAGGUGCCAACAAGGUUUUAUUUCCUUUUUUUAACGAUAACAAAUGUACAGAUAUUAAUAUAUUUUUGGUGCCGAUGGCAUAAGUAUUUUUAAGCGAGGAUGGAGCUGGCUUUUCUCCCUCCCAUGCAAUUCUAUUUAUCCUGGACAUUUCACACCUCCUCUGUGCCUUGGUUCUGCGGUGGCUGCGCUGGCCCCCGCCAUCCUUUGUACCUCCUGAGAUGUUUAACCUAAGACCUUCCUCCGGCCCGGCCUGGAGGAUGCACUGUGCUUUCUGUCCUUCCCCGUCUGCUGGGACAGCACCUCCUGUCUUCUGUUCUUCCCUCCCCUGUGGCUCUGCCUCCCUCCCACAUCCUUCCAAGGCAAGCUUCUCAGGGUUACCGGGAGCCUCCUUGUCUCCUGAUAACGGACCUUUUGUGGAAUAACUCACCCUUCCGGAAGUCGAGGGUUUGUCCAGCUGCGGCUUCAGGGGUGAGCCAGGUGGGAUGAUGAGUCUGACACACCGAGUCCACGGCCUGAAAUGCUGGGAAGAGCCGGGCCAGGCUGCAGGACUGCUCUCUUCCUGGUGGAGUCAGAAACCCUGGGACUGCAGCAAAAAAUUGGAACAGAAUAAUAACCAGACACAUCAGAAACCUCGAGAGGGAGGACAGUGUUAGAUGAUUAACAAGUUCUAUUUGUAGCCUUUUUUCUGACUGUUUUUCAAAUGAGUAGGCUGGGUCUCGAGCACCUAAGGCUCCAUCUGAGGGACUUGGCCAGGCUCCCUUGGCAUGGCUGGGUUUCCUGCUAAUAACAGGUGUGGGUCACAGGGAGACACGGGCAGGGGUUGGAGCCAGCCUGCUGAAAAAUGAGAAGGCAAACUCGAAAGAGGUCCAUGACCCAGUGGGCUGAAGCCAAACCCCAGCAGAACCGGCCUUGGCCUCUCGUGCUUGGAAGGAGCAGCGUCCGCACAGCCCUGGGCUGAGGGGAAGGCGCCUCUCUGACUUCCCUGAAUGUGGACAGAUUGUUCUGGAAGACUCUUGUUCAUUUUACUUUAGAGUGUGGGGGAGCUGCUGUAUUCUGGAAGUUAUAUAGUAUAAAAUAACACUAUCUGGAAACUCUGUUUUGUUUACAUUUCCGUAUCCCUGUGUUCUUUGCUGAUCUGAGGGAGUCACAAGGCUCUGUGUUGUCUGUUUUAUUUUAUAACUUUCCCCGCAACUAUUAAAAUCAAAGAACUAUCA